AUGACCUGUUCGCGUCGCCAUCGUCUCGCAGCGGAGAAUGCUGAGCCACUCGAUGCGGCACGAUGCAGACGGUUGGGCCCUGCGGCUGCAUCUCACGACAUCCUAGGCCGUGCCGCUUCUUGGUCCUUCGAUCCCCGUACCAGUACCGCCUUGAUUCGAAUGCUGUUGCUGGCCAUGGUCCGAAACGAAACGGCCCGGGGACCUCAAGUUGGCCCCCUGGCCGGUGAGAGAGCAGACAUGGCAAGCCGUUCCACGGGUGGCCAGCAGCAACCCCUGAUGCAGCGUGAGAGGGAACAGGUUUCGGACGCGGCCGCAGUGAAGCUGAGAAGUCUGCCGAGCGUCAACCAAGGCGGGCAUGCGCUCUCACGGCACGGGGCUCUUGGCUCCCGCAUAGGCGCUAGAAUCUCACCCUGCCCCCAAGCUGAGCUGAUGCACGGAGGGGGGGGGGGGGCGGUUCCCCAACAGCGUCUUCUCCGGCAAAGGACAGACAGACACAUGGCACGCAACGGAAAAUAG